AUGGCUACUCACCUCCAUCGACCGAGCACAAGCUGGUCAGCAGUGCUGCUCUGUUUAGUGAUCUCGCUGGCAGGGCAAACCUUCGCCCAGUCUGGUGAUGGGGGAGGUGCGUCAGGCGUGGAGCCGGGAGAUAUUGGCGGUGGUGCUCCGGGAACGGGGUCUGGAAACGCAGGAGCGCAGGGCUCAGACACAGGCUCAGUGAAGUUGAGUGUUGGCGCCACGGUCGCGAUUGCGGUUGUUGUAAGUCUGGUUGUGCUUCUUGGUGGGACCGCUGCGAUCCUGUUCUUCCUGGCGAAGAAGAGGCAGUGGAAGAUCAAGGAGGGGCUGAGAAGGUCCGCUAGUAAAGUGAAGAGCGCGGUAAAGGCUGUGACUACGCCGAUUACACCGAAAAGGAUGACGUUCUCGCCGAUUGAGAAGAGGAAUAGGGGGCACGGGCAAGAGAUGACGAAACACCCUGCUCCAGAGGGCUUGGGAAUCAAAGCUGAUGUCAGUGGGCGGGAGAGUGAUCGUGAUCUUGAGAAGGGUGUGCCGUCUUCCGGGGUAGCUGUGGUGAGUGGUGGUGGUGGUGGUGGUGGUGAUCGUGACUCCAAGAUAAAGGAAGGACCGAAACCACGGAGCAAGAAUGACGGUAAAGGGAAGGACAAACUGAGGCCGCCGAAGGUGGAGAUCCCGCCGAGUGCGUUCGAGAUGGAUAGUCCGAAGACGCCAAUGUGGAAGAAGGUGUUUGGACGAUAG